GGGCCUCGGCGCGCCUUGUGUGGUAACACGCUCCGCCGCUGCCACGCUAUUUAAACGCGGGUUAUGGAUCCAGGAACCGGCGCGAAUCAAUGAGAUCAAACGCGAGGGAGAUGCACCGUCAAUUACAAGCACUUGGACAAGUCUAACUUUUUCUUCUUUUACAAAUACGCUUUCAAAAGCAACCUUAGCAAUGCCCAAAUAAGAAGCCACCUCUAAGCAAAAUAGUCUAUAUAAAGGGAGGGCGAAUAUAUAUAUUUAUAAAAAGUAUAUAUAUAAAUAUAUUACAGGCGUACAGGUUUACACCCGGUGAACUUUUUCUUUUUCUUUUUUUUAAACGAGUGGCAUUGCAAAGGAGGACUCUUCCUCUCUAUCUUUUGGCGAGUUAGUGAAGGGGGUAUUCUGUUUUCUUAGAGCGCCCAAGGGGGUGCAGGGACCUCGGAGAGAAGAGUGGGGAGGAAAGAGGAAGGGUCGGUGGGGGGCAGAGGGCGAGUCCGCAGCGAGGGCAGGCGCUUUCCUGCGGCACGAUGCCGUCCCUGCUGGUGCUCACUUUCUCCGCGUGCGUCCUGCUCGGUUGGGCGUUGCUGGCCGGCUGCACGGGUGGCGGUGUCGGCGGGGGCGCGGGCCCGGGCGGCGGGCGCCGGGAGAGAGAGGCGCUGCCGCCGCAGAAGAUCGAGGUGCUGGUGCUGUUGCCCCAGGACGACUCGUACCUGUUCUCCCUGGCUCGGGUGCGGCCGGCCAUCGAAUACGCGCUGCGCAGCGUGGAGGGCAACGGGACCCGGCGGCGGCUUCUGCCACCCGGCACUCGCUUCCAGGUGGCCUACGAAGACUCGGACUGCGGCAACCGCGCACUCUUCAGUCUGGUGGACCGCGUGGCGGCGGCGCGGGGCGCCAAGCCCGACCUCAUCCUGGGGCCUGUGUGCGAGUACGCGGCGGCGCCGGUGGCCCGGCUAGCGUCGCACUGGGACCUACCCAUGCUGUCGGCCGGGGCACUGGCAGCCGGCUUCCGGCAUAAGGACACGGAGUACUCGCACCUCACGCGCGUGGCGCCCGCGUACGCCAAGAUGGGCGAGAUGAUGCUCGCCCUGUUCCGCCACCACCAGUGGAGCCGCGCCGUGCUGGUCUACAGCGACGACAAGCUGGAGCGGAACUGCUACUUCACCCUCGAGGGGGUCCAUGAGGUCUUCCAGGAGGAAGGCUUGCACACGUCCGCCUACAAUUUUGAUGAGACCAAAGACUUGGAUGUGGACGACAUCGUGCGCUACAUCCAGGCCAGUGAGCGAGUGGUGAUCAUGUGUGCAAGCAGCGACACCAUCCGCGGCAUCAUGCUGGCGGCGCACAGGCACGGGAUGACCAGCGGAGACUACGCCUUCUUCAACAUCGAGCUCUUCAACAGUUCUUCCUACGGAGAUGGCUCGUGGAAGAGAGGAGACAAACACGACUUUGAAGCUAAGCAAGCGUACUCAUCCCUCCAAACAAUCACUCUACUGAGGACAGUGAAACCUGAGUUUGAGAAGUUUUCCAUGGAGGUGAAAAGUUCUGUUGAGAAGCAAGGGCUCAGUGAGGAGGAUUACGUUAACAUGUUUGUUGAAGGAUUCCACGAUGCCAUUCUCCUCUACGUCCUGGCUUUACAUGAAGUACUCAGAGCUGGUUACAGUAAGAAGGAUGGAGGGAAAAUUAUCCAGCAGACUUGGAACAGAACAUUUGAAGGUAUUGCCGGGCAGGUGUCCAUAGAUGCCAACGGAGACCGGUACGGGGAUUUCUCCGUGAUUGCCAUGACCGACACGGAAGCGGGCACGCAGGAGGUUAUUGGUGAUUACUUUGGAAAAGAAGGUCGUUUUGAGAUGCGGCCGAACGUCAAAUACCCUUGGGGGCCUUUAAAGCUGAGAAUAGAUGAAACCAGGAUGGUGGAGCACUCAAGCAGCUCUCCUUGCAAAGCAUCAGGUGGCCUAGAAGAGUCAGCGGUGACAGGAAUUGUUGUGGGAGCUUUACUAGGAGCUGGUUUGCUAAUGGCCUUCUACUUUUUCAGGAAGAAAUACAGAAUAACCAUUGAGAGGCGAAACCAGCAAGAAGAAAGCAACGUUGGAAAACAUCGGGAGUUACGGGAAGAUUCCAUCAGAUCCCAUUUUUCGGUGGCUUAAAAGGAAGCCUAUUCUUUUGGCUUGAGAUUCUUUGAGGAGAUAAAUGGGAUGAAAGACAUCAAUGGAACAGAAGGGGCGCUCUUGAAAAACUCAUUCUUUUAAGCAGUUAGUCAUUUUGUUGUAAAACUUCUUUAGAAGCUCAGGAACUGUUAUUAAUCACCGUAUGCCUCCCGGCCUUUCAUCUCAUGACAAACAAAUAUAAGAAUAUAAGGUCACUUUGUUAAAUGUUCAUACUGUUUCAAGGGCACAUGAUCAGAUUUAUGUUUUGAAGGUCUGAUGUCUCCAUAUCUUGAUGGCUUUUGGGGGGAUUUUAUGCAAGGCUAUAAAAUGUGUUUUUCUUAAAUGAAAUGUUUUAUAGCUAGAAUAAAAUAAUUUUUACAAGUAGAAUAUUCUUGAAAAGAAUUUAACCCCAAGAAGAAGAAAACGUAAUGAAAAAUCUCAAGGUAGGAAAUACAUCAUUCCUUUCUCUAGCGCUGGUGGACAGAUCUGAGGUUGAAAACUGCUCUGUCCGAUGUAUACAUUCAGGUCUUGACUUCAUAUCUCGAAAAAGAAUCCCCCUCUGCCCCCUGUCUCCUUCAGCAUCUCAUAAAAGCUACUCUGGAAAGUUGUAACUAUUAAUAAGUUAAGAGGAUUUAUACAAGAAAAGCAAAUCUAAGAUGUUUCAUUUUUUAAUAUAAAAAAGCCCUAUUUCACACUAACACUUUAUUUUUAAGUAUUUUAAUCUUAUAUUUUACUAUUAGAAAAUGUGUCUAUUUUUUCAUUUUGAAGAUUAAAUUUCACUUAUAUUUUAAAAGCAUGGGUAAAGUGUACAACAAACCAGUAAUGAUGAAAGAUGCCUCUCUUUUUCUCCCUGUUUUCCUCUUCCCCGUGGCUGUAGCCCAAUACGAAUUGCUGCUUUAAUUACAGAGAUCUGGAAAUGUAUUCAGAUUAUAGACUCUACAGGAAUACAUCAAUUUACCUGUUUUAAAUGCAACUUGUUUUAGGGAUAGACUCCUUCCAGUUCUGGCCAAUGAUGAGUAUCAAGACCAAGGAUGAAAUUUAAUAGAAUUAAGUCAGGUUUUAUAAAAGGGAGGCGGUCCUUUUUUCUCAAGAAGAACUUUCUAGAGUUAGAACUUGACAGUAAGCAUAGAAACGACACACUUAAUAAAUGACAUUUUACUAAAAUUCACAAUGAUGAUUUUGGUUAAAAGAGGGAAUCUAAAUAGCUACUAUAUUCCCUUUUAGUAAACUCCAGAGAGCCUCGCAGUCGUCCACUAAUAACCCAUGUAACAGGGGUAGGGAUAUGAGGAAUUUGGCCAGGGUUGAAUAAGUAUAUACCAAAUCUCUACUUUGUGCCUAGUUCUCUGCUCAUAGGUUUAAACUCAGGUUGCUGCUUUCAUGUAUAAUUUGUGGAGAAUAUAGACAGUGAGGGAAGAAUGGGAAGUUGCCAGAUCAGUGUACCACCUUAUCAUGACGUCGCGAGGGUCUUUCCUCAAUAAUGUUUUGAGCAGCUGGAAAAUAGUUUUAAAAAUUAUCUUAAUGUCUGGAAAAGACCAUCUAUAGGAGGAAAAUAGGGCAGUUUAAGAAAAUAGGGGAAUCCCGGAAUUGGAGCAAUUCCUAGGUAGUGAUGGAGGCUGUGGCUCACACUGGUAAUGGUGGAGGUGAGGCAGGGCGAGUGAGAGCCGCGUGUCCUGGAAGUUGGCCUGAGCUUGCUUCCCUGGAGGCGUCCGCCACUCCUACUUCAGCCAGUCAAAGUGAAUGGCUUAUUUCUGCGUGAGGCAUAUUUCCCCUCCAUUGUUUAAGAAUGGAACGCAGGGCUUCCCUGGUGGCGCAGUGGUUGAGAAUCUGCCUGCCAAUGCAGGGGACACGGGUUCGAGCCCUGGUCUGGGAAGAUCCCACAUGCCGCGGAGCA